AAAGACAAACCAAAACGAAAAGUGCCAAACCACUAUCGCUGUGACGACGGUGAAAAGUAAAGACGAAAAAACGAAAACGACAAAAGUUACACAAGUCGAUCGUCAGCAGCAGCAGUAUAGCAGAUCAAAGCAUCAACAUUUAAAGUUGAAAAAUCGAUAAAACUGCAUGAAAUUGUUGUUUUACUUCUCGUUUCUACCAACCAACAAAAGGAUACUUUCGUGGAAAACAAAAAACUUAUCAAGUGUGUACUUAAUCGGACAAAGGCCUAUCAACGACGAGUGAAGAGGAAGUGAGCAACAGAAAAAUUGAGCCCACCGUAAGCAAAUAAAGAAACCUGCGGAGAGAAAGGCAACCGAUUUUUGCGGACGUAUAUUUUGGAUAGUUCGUUCGUGCGCAUAUCAAAUUUGCCAUUAUUGGAUGCCUCCGGCCAACAAUAACAACAACGACGAUUUACCGCCGCCCAAAGCUGAUUUCAGUGCACCGCCGCCGUAUGAGGCAACAGAUAACAGCGGUAGUCAGUAUGGCACUCCACAACAUCAGGAAAUGACCACCAAACUCCCAACGUACGAGGAGGUACAGAUGGAAAAGAUGAUUAACCACGAGCUACCGAUUCCACCUGGAGCUGGCGGUCAAAUGCCACCGCCUCCGCCUAGUAUCACAGGUCUUCCGCUGGGACCGACUGGUCGAUCAGCGGGAGGAGUAGGUGGUGGCGCCCCGGCUGUGACAUUCAUUGCAAUUGACGCAGACGGCGAAAACAUUAACGCAGACAACAGCCUCUUGGGAACGGAUAUCGUAUUUGUGACGGCCUUUCUGGUUGCGUUCUUCUUCAACUGGAUCGGUUUUUUAAUGUUGACUUGUUUCUGUCACACUAUUGCAGCCCGCUACGGAGCUCUUUCCGGUUUCGGCCUAUCACUGGCCAAGUGGACUUUAAUCGUGAAACAUUCGACUGAUUUUGCUUCGCAUGAAAAUUCCUGGCUGUGGUGGCUGAUAAUGGCAUUCGGUUUUCUCAUCUGCGUCCGAGCCAUCGUCCAGUACAUCAGCAUCAAGCGAACCUGGCGUCUGCUGUCGACGUCUGCCCAGGAGCGGUUACUUUUCUUUUACUGAGUUUCGUGUGUUGCUUGAAGAAAGCAAUCAUCUGCUAAACGGGAGUCAAAAUAAUACCAAAUUACUUCUCCCAUUUAAAACCAGGAACGACCUGCCGAGUGUUUUUAGUCGUAUGACAGCGAUGCCGCAGUAACUCGCAGGGAAACCUUUUGAUCAGAAACAACUUAUGUCUGGUUUUUGUGAUGAAACAAUCAAAUUCUCCGAUUCCCAUUUGGAACAAACAUUCCCCUCUAUUUCUACGAUCUAUGUUGCUAUUGUUAUUCAACCUAUAUUUAUUACUAAUCGUUUUGGUUUUCCCCACUGCUACCCAGAAGAAUAGUAAUAAAAUGUAAACGCAGCACUAGAAUGCCGUUCGAGGUCUAGUCGAGCUUCAGAUAAGAUGUGCAAUCGGUGUGUAGAAAAAGCUGUCGCAUUUUUAAACCAUCGUUGUUUUCUUCGUUUCCGUUAUGCCAUUUAUUUCUACAACAUUAAAAUUUACUAGCCGACGUGCGAAAAUGAUUCAAACAGUGUUCGUUCGUUCUCUGUUGUACUGUAAUGUGUUUAUUAUGUUAUCAAAAUAAAAAGAACGUAAUACCGAUGAUUAGCACGGUGACACGUCGUAAUGAUUCAGCGCACUGCAUUCAAAACAAUAGAGCAUAGUUUUGUACUUGUAAAUAGGCUUUAGUGUGAAAUAAUCAAGCUACUAAUUACCAAUUGUAAUCCAAAUGUGAAUAUGGCAAACAUAAUUCAAAUAAAAUAUUUUGGUGAAAUUU